UAAUCAUUAGUGCAACGUUGGAGGGUAUACCACAAUUCCUACCAUAUGCGAUGCGGAACAAAACUGACCUCCAUUCCGGUGCGAUCCAUACUGAUGCGAGGUUUUCCAGGCCCACCCUGGACUUUGGGAAGUUGGCACCAGAUUCUAAUUGGACAUUCAGCGAAGAAGCCUUUGCGAAAGUUAGAAGUGCUACAAUGAGACUACAUCCGGACACUCAUACAACGAAGUUGCUGUUAGGAAAACUGCCCAACCAGACAGUCGGUGAGUUUGGCCACUACAACACGUGUGCUGUCGUGGCCAAUAGCGGCAUCCUUCUCGGAAGCACAUGUGGUGGCGAGAUUGAUUCCAAGGAUUACGUCAUACGAAUGGAUUUACCUUUGAUAAGAGGGUUCGAACAAGACGUCGGCAGCAGGACGAAUAUGACAUUGUUGAACUCCAGCACGCCGAAACGAAUCAAGCAGUCUUCACACUUAAAAGAUAGAAGUCAAGACGUAUACGAGAAUCGCCUAAGGAACAUUGAAGGCACUGUGCUAGUGGGAGGCAUGCGUUCGAAAAGCGCAAUCCGGACGGUGGUGCAAUUGUACAAACUUUCAUUUCUUCUACUUACUACCCGAAAAAGCCAAAAGUCAGGGCUCAACAAGCUUGCGACAAAGUUAGGAAACAAGAAAUUUGGUGGAAAUCCUACUCUGGGCCUGGUGACCGUUCUGAUGAUGACAACAUUCUGUGACCACCCUUACUUGUACGGCUUCUUCCCAUUCCAAAAAGAUGCGAAGAAUACAUCUAUCCCUUAUCACUACUACCCGGGAGACUACAUUAAACCUACCAUACAGAAUGAGGGGGGCCAUCAUCACAUGGCACGAGAAUACGACUUUUUUAGGGGUCUACACAAGCAGGGGGUGCUGAAGAUGCAAGUCGGUCCAUGUAUGAAGAGGAGAUGACCUUGCACGGCCGUAGUACACACCUAUGCCAUUAGCUUCCAGUCUUGAGUAGCAAGCAAUUCUUCAGUGAGAAUUUGACAGCUAUUCUUUUGUAUUCUGAAAAUUAUCCUUCCCUUGACAAAUGUCAUAGCAACAACAAAACCUUCGGUGCCGAUACAUCGCAUUACCUACAAUAUCAACUGCGACAAGAUAAUAGAUAUCGAUGCUAUUUCAUGACACGAUGUUACUUAUUCCCAAUCCUAAUAGAUUACUGUAAAUGCAGAAACUUUCGUGGUGGUUUCCUUGGCAUGCUGCCGCGAAGUUAAAACCAACGCGAAAUGUCCAUUUUUCCGCUACCGCGAAAUGAAAUCUCCGCGAACUUGUAUACAUUUACAGUAUCUUCUAUUCAAUGAUUUUUCAUCUGGCCGUUGUAUGUUCUUGAAUAUAUGUACGGUCGAUAGUCUAUACAAACGAGUACACAUUUAGUCAAGCAAAUACAGCACAUUACACGAAAAGAUUUGCAUACGCAUUGUCCUUACAACGUUGGUACCUGCACGAAAACGACCAUCUCUAUGAUAAAUGUUACAACCGCAAUUGCUGCAGCUUAUACUCUUCACUAUCCUGUACUCUGAAAUUAAGUUAUGAUUGUCAAAGGAUGUGAGGCAGGAAACGGAGAAUCCGCAUGCAUAUUCAACGACCCUGUUUUAGUUACCUUCGCUUGUAUUACGAGACUUCCACACCUCAUAAAAGUUGCCUAAUAAUGACGACCUGUAAGACUGACGUAUUACAAAUGUUUCUCAAUGAUAAUGCAUAUCUUACGCUGAAAAUCGCAUUACACCUCGAUCUUUGUUUUCCCGACCCCUAACCACUUACAAAGCAUCAUGAAUAUCCAUCCACAAUAUCUCGAAUUAUGCUUUCCACAAACAAACAGAUACACAUGUCAGCUUCGUGACGAAGGCAACGAUGGCUCCGAC